ACUCGCGCCCAUCAACCGUCGCGUCCGAUAAAUAAUCUACGCCUCCUCCCCGGCUCCUCCCCACUCCCAGCGCCAUCUGCAGGUCCUCUGCCUCCCGCUGCCGCCUCUUGCCACGCCGCCUCCGCUCGACUCGCAGGCCGCCCCAGGCACACUAGGCAUUCCCCAGACCCCCUAUUCCGUCUCGGACCGCCUACGUCCCCUCAUAUACUCGCUGUCCUGGCACACGCCUCACCCACCCGCCAUGGACAUUGCCUUCGACACCACCUGGUGUCCCGUCUGCAGUCGCCAGAUCCUCCCCAAACGCUACUACGUCCCCAUCAACCCCCCACAGCAAGCCCCUGCAGUCCCACCGAGCUCCCCCACCAAUGAGUCGAAGGUGAAGGAGGAGGCUCCCGCGCGGCUUCCGCGCAACAAGACGGGCACAAUACGUGCUAGGGGAGGCGGUCUCGUACACGGCACUGGUCGUGUCAAGCCCAACGGCGCGCUCAAGCGCGACGACACCGUUAAGCAGACAAAGAAGCCAUCCGUCCCAGAGAUCGCUGUCGACACGCGCCCAACAGGGCCCGUUCGUCACCGCACCGUCAUCGACCAGUCGCCAGUGCCCCUCUACUGUUCCGACGAGUGCCGUUUGGCCGACCUCCAAUCAUCUUUCGGCGCCAUGGGCAUGGAGUACAACCCUGACCGCUGCAUAUCUCCGGCCCUCCCCCCGGUGCCACACAAUUCCUUCUCCGACUUCUCCUCUAGCGAGAGUGACUCUGCUAGCGGCGCGUCGUUCGACUCGCGUUCCUCGUUCAGCUCCUCGCCGCCGAGUGCGAGUAGCAUCGACGAGGACCAGCCCGCCACUCCGGAGGCGUAUGUCGCCCUCACCAAGCUCUUUCCCGAUCUCCCUUCGAGGCCGCCACCGGCACCUCCACUUAUCCAUCGCAACACCAACGAGAGCACCGCCUCUCUCGACGACCUCCAAAGCGGUGUCAUGAUGUCUGCGCAGCGCAUCAAGGCUGCACUGUGCUCUGAGCCGCCGAAGAAGCGGUCUGCCUACUCCGUCUACCCUGCCGAGGAGCGUCGUGAACGGAAGGUCAUCCCCGGUUGGACAGACGGCACACACGCUUGGCGCGCGAGUGUCUACAACCUCUCCGCCCCUGUGGAUAUGUCGAAGCCUUUCGACGAUGAGCGUGUCCGUGGCGCAUACAAGGGCUUCGUUGCGAGCAGCCAGCGCUCUCGCAGCGGGGUUUACUCGACUGUCUCGACGCCGACGUUCGAACCGACCUCCCCUUCGGCCGCGUCGCUUCCCCCGGUGACGCGUGCGACCUCGGGCAGCAUGCAGAUGCGCUCGCGCUCUGAGGCAGAUGAGCUCAGCAAGUACCCUCUCCUCCACUCUCGUUGCGAUUCGCGGCAGUCCCUCAGCGGUGCGCUUUCGACGUCGCCUACGGGCUCGACACGAUCUAUGCCUGCGACGAUCUCGACGCGCCGCAAGGAGUUCUCGUUGGUGAAGCCCGGUGCCGAGGGUCGUCUCCUCGUCCCGAACGUGAAGAUGACCCGGUCGCCUUCGACGACGACGAUGUCGAGCUUGACGAGCGCGGGCAGCAGCUACGGCUACUACCCCUACGGCCGCAAGCCUAGUCCGCUCAGCCGGCAAAACAGCGAUGCGAGCAUGGAGACUGCGGACAGCCUCGAGACUGAGGCGGAUCUCACGAUGAGGCCGCCCUCGAGCAGCCCGACGAAGAGGUCGACUGGUGUUUCGUGGAGCUACUCCGACGAUACCAUGACAUACCCCAUCCUGCAGAUCCCGAAGAAGGAGAAGCGCAUUGAGCGCAAGAUCGUCGACGGGAGGGAGCAGGACGUCGAGGUCGAGGUCGAGGUACAUCAACCUCUGAAGCGCCUCUUCCUCUUUCCUGGCAAGGACGGGCGAUAGGCACAGCGCCUCCUCUCCAGCAUCUUCUCGGCGCAUCGCAUCGCAUUCGGACCUCGGACUUCACUGCAUCGCAUCCCUCACGCAUUCCCAUACCCUGCACGCUGAUACCUCCCGACGACAUACCCGACGACGUUCACGACGCCGCCACCUGACUUAUUCCUCACAGUAUCUCCCCUGCUGCUCUCCUCGUUGUCGACAUACAUCCCUCAUCUCACUACGCAUCCUCAUCCUCAAUUGCGUCUCCGUCGUCUCCGUCGCUGGGAUAUCUCGUCUGGAUCACCGCCAGCAUCGCGCCC